GAGCCAAUGUCUGUUAACCAGCUGAUUGUCCACCCAGACAGAGAGGGAGAGGGGGGAGAGAGGGGAGGGGAACAGAGAGAGGAGUGACUACUGAUGCUCCAGUAAUCAGCACUGUGUGAGUCAGUGCUGUGGAGAGCAAAGCAGCAACAGCAGCAGCAGUGAGAGACACGUUUCCCUCUCACAAGCGUCAACAAUGCUGAAGAGCAGGAUGGGAAAGCUGAGCGGCUGAGUGAGAGGAGGAAGUGAGCAAGCCGUAUAGAAAGCAAGAGGGGCAGAAGCUGACGUUACGAGGGAGAGAGGCAAGAAGACAGAUCAACAGCUUCUUUUUGAGAGUCUUCUUUUUGCAGUCUAAAGGACUGUGGAAGAUCACUGAACCUGACUGACAGCAGUGACAAUUUAAACUAACCCAGAGGAAGAGGAAGUUUACUAUUAGAUUUUGAAAGGGCAGCAGGUUUAAGACUUAACGUGGUGCAGGGAUGUCUUGGUUGUCUCCGGUCCAGUGGGCCAAAUGGACAUGGUCAGCAGUGACUGGGGUUGCAGGGGACGAGGGGCAGCCCAGAUCCAAGGAUGACGGAGAGGACAAUUCAGACUCGGAGGGGACCUUUGAGACUCCAGAGGCAGAGUCUCCAGGUGUUGUAAAGCUACUGAGCCAACUGGACAACUCCAACCACACAGCUCUUCCUGAUGUUACAAACCAUUUUCUGGACAGAAACUCCAACCAGGAUGUCCGCCCAGUUUUAUCCCAAGAGGUUGAUUCCCUGAACAACUUCACCCGCUCCUCACCUAACGACAGCAGCUUUGGUUUGGACCAGAACCUCAACCUGACCCUCAGCAGCAAACCCAGUCCUGGACAGGGCUUCUCCCCAUCCAGCCCUCUCCCCCAGAUUCAAGCCCUCCGACCCCCAUUCCUGUCCGUCCUCUCCCCGCUAAACAAACCCGAUCCUUCGGAGGUUGACGACGAGGCUCCAGUGACGUCUGAUUCCAGCCCGGACUCAAACUUGAUCCCCAGUCAUGACAUUUGUGUGGACCCUGACUUGCUUAAUGGCAACAUUAACUCUGACACUGUGUCGUCAAACACAAAACUGACCUGUGAGACUAACAGCACAAUUAUCACGAACUCCUGUAAAGUGAAGCAGAACCAGCCGAUGCAUAAGGACUUCUGCGGACAGGACGACCAUCGUGGAGACCACGCCACAGACGAGGAGAAGUUGGCGAGCAGUGCUGGUGUCAAACCAGAUAAGGAUGAAAGCAUUCAAGACUGCCAUGUGACAUCAACACCUGAGGACUCAGACUGCUGCUCUGUGCAGUACGAGGACCCAUGCAAGCUGAAGAACAAGUCGGGGGGAAGUGAAAUGGAGAAAACAGGAAGUCAGGUCCUGGAUUCCAUCUGCAUCAGUGAGGCAGAAAAACAGGCCGUUCUCACCCUCAUUAGAGAGGAGAUCAUCACUAAAGAGGUGGAAGCUAAUGACUGGAAGAAAAAGUACGAGGGCAGCAAACAAGAAGUCACUGAGAUGAGGAAGAUUGUUGCAGAAUAUGAGAAGACAAUAGCUCAGAUGAUCGAGGACGAGCAACGCAACAACCAAAGUUCCCAGAAGGCUUUGCACACUGUGACGAUGGAGAAAGAAGCCGCCCUGGCAGACCUGAACUCCGUGGAGCGCUCUCUCUCUGAUGUCUUUCGACGUUAUGAAAAUAUGAAGAGCACCCUGGAGGGCUUUAAGAAAAACGAAGAGGUGCUGAAGAAGUGUGCUCAGGAGUAUCUGGCCAGAGUCAAGCAGGAGGAGCAGAGAUACCAGACACUUAAGCUCCAUGCUGAGGAGAAACUAGACAAGGCCAAUGAGGAGAUCGCUCAGGUGCGUACAAAGGCGAGCUCAGAGAACAUGGCACUGACCGCCAGUCUGAGGAAGGAGCAGAUGAAGAAUGAGUCUCUGGAACAAGCUCUGCAGCAGAAGAAUCAAGAGAUCGAGGAACUCACCAAGAUCUGUGAUGAGCUGAUUGCCAAAAUGGGAAGAAUAGAGUGAGAGACACUCCCUGUGAAUCAGCCACUACCGUCCCUCCGGCUCUGCCUAGCAGUGACGCCCUGUGCAUGCCCCCCAGCCAAGAAGCAGCUCUCAUACCCUUUUCCUACCAUGUCUAAAGUAACUUCCUGUAUACUGCAAUUGCACUACUUGUGACCAGAAUCAAGAAGGUUCUGUACAUGACUCUUGUUAUAUGUAUGUGGUCACGUUGUUUUGUUUGCAUUUUCGCCCAUCAUGAGGCCAUCUGGACCUCUCGUGCUUUCGUCCAUCAUGCCAGUGAGCAACAACCUGCUUGUGACUCACUUAAAUUCCCAGCAGCUUAACAGCUAAAUUCCCAGCAACUCAUCCAACAGGAUGACAUCAUGCAGGCUGGGGUUGUUUUAGAGUCGCAUUCAGGCAUACAUUAUAUUUCGAUGGACUUUGACAAGGAUUGUUUUAUAUUAAAGAAACAAUCCAUAAAAUGUAUUUUUCUAUGAAGUAAACAAUGAUUUUACUCUGAAAGAGAACAGCUCAGGGGUGUUGUGUGGGGCAGAAUGAGGUCAGGGUUAGGUCCAGCUGCAAAAGAACUGGAGGAAAGGAUUUAGGAUUGUUUGAGGAAAUACAGUAAUCCUCAGAGGCUUUGGUUCGUUCAGGAGUGACACUGAAACCAGAAUGAGUCUGGACCACAUGUCAAUGAAACUAAAGCUGCAAAUAAUUCACAGCAUUUGCUUUACCUGGUUAUCAGAACAACACAGGUGGGAUUCUGGACAAUUCAAAUAGCUGCAGGAUGUUUAUCAGUCACAUAGAAGUAUAAUAACCUGACAAUCAUAAACUUUCUGUGAUUGUAUAAACUUUGUGGCAUUGUCUUGUCCGAUCCACAAAGUCUUUACAGAGACAACUUUAUCCUGAAGUAUGAAGAGUGAGCAAAUUCAACCACCACUAUACGUUAACUAUCCUGUGUUACGAAUCCUGAACAACUGGAAAAAGUUCAAACAUAGUGAAUCUAUAUUUUGGGUGAAGAUAUUUAAAACUAUUGUAAGAUUAGCAAGUGCUACAAUAUGUCAAAAACCAUCACUGUGUCACAGAUUGAGUGUCCACUAAUCACAUUUAUCACGAAGGAAACUAAGAGUUUGACAGCUUUGUAAGAGGUUUUGUCUGUUGCUUAUGUGUGAUGAGGAUGUGAGUAUUUACAACACUGUACUAGUUAUUCCACAGAUAAACCUGUUUCUUUGCAUGUUUAUUUUCAUCGCAUUUCUCAGAAUGCAGAUUGUUUAAAACUAUUGUUUAAAACAAUAAAACUAAUUGUGUCCGGCAAAGCGCUUUAGUAAUAACUUUUUCUACAGAAGAAAUGUUCUUUCCAUUCAACAAAAUAAGCCAAACCUCUCUGCAACAUCAAUGUUAAUUAAAGGCUCAACACAAACUACUAUUUGCCUCAGUAUAGUCUGACUCAAAGGAAGUAGGCUGUGGGUAUAAGCCUGCCAUUGGCCAACUAUUUCAGUUGGAAUUCUCUUCCCCUUUCGCUAUCUGCGUGUUACCGUUUUGCAAGAGCACCGUUGCUGCAUCCAGGGCUUAGCUUAGCAUCACUAAAAAAAGUGUGGUGUAUGAGACUAGCCUCAAUAUAACACAGUAUAAAAUUUUAAAAUCUAUGACUUAAAUAAUAUUUGGUCAAAGAAAGUGAAACGACUAAAAACCUGACAAUGCAUUUAGUUCUCAUUUUUGUAGUCAGUCACUAUUGAAAAAGCAUUAAUGUCUGAUACUCACCAUGUAAAUCCACUUCUGACACAAACCCACUGAUGUGCUACAGUUUAUAUUUGUGCCAUUAUAAUAUCAUGUUACCUCUCCUUACUCAGCUGGUUUGUCUUAAUUUUUAUAAAAUAUUGUUUAGCCACUUUAGCCCCUUUCUUUAAUUAUUGUUUGUAUUUGUAAAUUGGAAAUGGCGAUCUCACACAAGUGUUGACACAUCAAGGACUUACAGUUUGUGUACAUUUGCCUGAAUAAACAUAUAAUUUGUUCUGCUGUAA